AACGUUUUUUUCAACCGUGUUUCUACACGUGCCGAUUUGACGUAAAACGUGGAAAUGACGCGUUGAACAACAGCGCGAGAGAAACGUCGAGCGUGCGGGAUUAUUUUGGUAACUUACGUGAACCUUCACCAUGAUCAUCCCUGUUCGCUGCUUCACUUGUGGGAAAAUUGUUGGGAACAAAUGGGAGGCGUAUUUAGGUCUUCUUCAAGCGGAGUACACAGAAGGUGAUGCUCUUGACGCUCUGGGUUUGAAGAGGUACUGCUGUCGCAGGAUGCUCCUGUCACACGUGGAUCUUAUCGAGAAAUUGUUGAAUUAUGCACCCCUGGAGAAGUAACAAGCAUUCAGCCUGUUUGAAGAUGAACCUCCAUCCAAUUUCCCUCUCCUAUUUUAUAGACUUUAAUAAUUCCAGUGGAAGAUAUAUAGGCACUGAGACCUGUACAUGGCUGUUUUUUGGGGCUACAGUUGACGCAAACUUGUCAUUUCAAAUGAUUGUUUACUGAAAUUUGUUGAAUAAAGUGUAAACGUGUUAACUGUA